AAAGAAUCACGUUAAACUUAUCGACAUCCGGGCAUUUGCAAGUGCGCGUCACACAGUUUAGGGAGGUCGCCAUAUUUUACAGCGCAGUACAAAGAAUCUCAUCCUGACGCAUGGCAAUGGAACCUGCACCCGCAGUUGCACUGCGCCGUCCGUUUGAUCCUGCGGCACAUGAGUUGGAUCCUAAUUUCCGACUCACAAAGUUUGCUGACCUGAAGGGAUGAGGGUGUAAAGUCCCUCAGGAAGCACUGCUCAAGCUUCUUGAGGGGCUCCAACAGGACAGCAAUGCCCAGGCUCAGGAACAGGCGCAUUUCCAAUAUGUGGCCCAGAUCCCGCGCAUGGGGAUUGGUAUGGAUGCUUCGGUGACUCCACUUCGUCAUGGUGGUUUGUCCCUUGUGCAGACAACAGAUUUCUUUUAUCCAUUGGUGGAUGAUCCCUACAUGAUGGGCAAGAUAGCUUGUGCAAAUGUAUUGAGUGAUCUCUAUGCAAUGGGAGUGACAGACUGUGACAACAUGCUGAUGUUGCUUGCAGUCAGUCAAAAAAUGUCUGAGAAGGAACGAGAUGUUGUGGUGCCAAUGAUGAUGAGAGGAUUCAAAGAUCUGGCAGAGGAAGGUGGAACAUCGGUCACUGGUGGCCAGACUGUGCUGAAUCCCUGGUUAACUGUAGGUGGAGUUGGCACUACUGUUUGUCAGCCUAAUGAAUUCAUCAUGCCAGACAAUGCAGUCGUUGGAGAUGUUCUUGUCUUGACUAAACCUUUGGGAACACAAGUUGCAGUCAAUGCUUACCAGUGGUUAGACCAGCCAGAACGCUGGAACAGAAUUAAACUUGUAGUCACAGAGGACGAUGUUAGGAAAGCCUAUCAGCGUGCAAUGUUUAGUAUGGCAAGACUUAACAGAACAGCUGCCAGGCUGAUGCACAAGUUUAAUGCGCAUGGUGCCACUGAUGUGACAGGCUUUGGCUUGCUGGGUCAUGCGAAGAAUCUGUCCUCUAUCCAGAAGAAUGAGGUUUCAUUUGUGAUCCAUAACUUACCAGUAAUUGCUAAGAUGGCAGCCAUCAGUAAGGCAUGCGGGAACAUGUUUGGUCUUCUACAGGGACAGUCAGCUGAAACCUCGGGAGGACUGUUGAUAGCGUUGCCAAGGGAACAAGCUGCAGCCUUCUGCAAGGAUAUUGAAAAACAGGAGGGGUACCAGUCUUGGAUCAUCGGUAUUGUAGAGAAAGGGAACCGAACAGCACGCAUCAUUGACAAACCGCGAGUUAUUGAAGUACCUGCCAAAGACCGGGAAGGGGAACUGUGGUAGCAGAUGCCCAGACAUUUUAAAGACUACAGUCAUGUGUAUAUAAACAUUCCUUCAUGAAGCUUCUUUAUAAAAGUCCAUUUCAUUUAACGACUUACUAAAUCCAUUAGUUUUUUUUAAACGUUAAAUAUGAGAAAGGAGAAUGUGGAAGAGCAGCAAGAAAGCAACUUCUCUAGAUUUUAGUUACAGCAUUGAAUUUGUUUUUCUCCUAGGCCUAUACUUCCUGUUUAUAAGUAUUAUUUAGUUACUUUGUUAGUUACUUUGUUACUAUCUUGUCAGCUGAAUGAAUUUAUAUAAAUUAAGCAUUAUAUUGUUACUUUGUACAUGUUGUAGUAGAAUACCAAAAUUCAUUUGGUAAACUAUGCUAUUCAAUCUACUGAUCAUGUCAAUAUUCUUCACCAACAUAUGUUUGUUUUGUAUGCUUACAAUAAUUGGCUUUCUUCAUUAUACUUUUUCAUUGUAGUCAUUUCAUGUUUUUUUUUUUUUGAGUACUGACAGUGUAUGAGAUAGACAGUUGUUCCCAAAUUUCACCACCAUAUCCUAGAUCUUGUUGUUCAGCAUCGUAUCGAACAUCUGGCAAAUGUUGGAUACAUUCUGCACAUCAAACUUUGAUAUCAUUAUCACCAGGAGCCAUCUUUGGUGUACAAACGUGGAGAUUUUGAGCAGGUCUUUCACUGAUGUACAACAUUGAUGAGAUUCCUUCAGUGCUACUUCAUGUGCCAUUUCUCUCUGUUUGACGGCCCUUCAGAAAAAUACUUCAUGUGGAGGUAACUGAAGAGUCUGAGCAAAGGUAGAGGAGUGGAUACAGGGAGUGAUACUGUACCCAUCCUCAUUACAAUUCAACCAUUUUCAGUGGGAACUUCUUUUAUAUUUUCACAUCGUCAUAUUCAGCUCUGUCAAAUCUUUGUUUAAGAAAAGUAAAAAGCCAAGGAAGUA